AUGAGACGGACGAGCAGUGGGAUGAAAUGGUUCCACUCUUAUUGUUUGCUGCUAGAGAAUGUGUGCAGGAUACACUGGGGUUUAGCCCAUUUGAGCUUGUGUUCGGGCAUGAGAGUAUGUGAACUGGCAAGAGCGAACCUUAAUGAGGCCCAGAGACGGAUGAAGGCGUGGUACGACAGCGGUGCUCAGUCACGAUCUUUUUCACCAGGAGAAAAAGUAAUGGUCUUCCUACCCGUCCCUUGGCAGUCACUGAAGGCUUGUUAUUUUGGACCAUGUAUUGUAGAGAAAAAGCUAAGUGACCUUAAUUAUGUAAUUCAGACUCCCGGUAAGCGUAAACAGUCACGGCUUUGUCAUAUGAAGGAUGAGACUCGGUAUCUGUUGGAAAACGGAAUCAUUGAGACCUGUGAGUGCCUGGAGUUCCCCAUGUAUACUAGUACCCAGGGCUGA